AUGGUUGGAAAAACUUACCAGUAUUGCCUGACAGAAGCCGAGUGUCAGCUGCACAACCUUCUUCGCAGACUGGAAGCCGAAUUCGAGGAUGAGUAUCCCAACAUAUUCAACGGCGCAUGUUUGCCAAAACUUAAACAGCCGCUGACUCUGGCUUUGAAACUGGGAGGUCGUGAGAUUGAGAGUUUCGAUCUCCGUGGUGCACAACUUAUACAAGACUGUGCGUCUGUCGGCGCGAAGAUUGUACGCAAGCUUCUGACAUCCGAAGAGCACGAAUGCGAUCGCGUGGAGCCCUCAGUCCAAGGCAACUCUCCUCUCGAGCCGGUUGCUGAAGAAAUCGCCAAGGCCGAGCCUGCCCUGACAGCGGAAGUACCAGCCUCCCUCGCCGAGAAGGAACUCACGCUCUGGAGUUCUGUCAGGCAGCGGAUCAUUCCUCCAUACGUCAAGUUUGUUGGUUUCUGGGUGGACCGAAGUGACAUGGAUCAAAGCCAUCAGGAGGAGUUGGAAUCUCAUUUUCCAGAAGUCAAAAUCUUGUCGGACAACGAAUCCAAAUGCGAAAGCGAUACUGCCGACCAGUUUCUGCGACAGAUUUCCGCAGCAGACACAGCAUUAAUCGCGUCAUCAACGCUAGCCACCAAGGGCCGUUCAUCAAUGGACAAGGACAAGGACAUGUCGACAAUCGCAGACUCGGUUCCAGCCACCCCAUCAACAGCCACAACACCAAAACCAAGCCUACUGUCGCGAAUGAGCUUUGAGAAGCCUGAAAUACGUAUCAAAGGUGUAGCUUUAGGAAAGAUAGACGAUGUCGAUAUCUCAACUGGCUCAGAGAGCAUGAUCAAUGGCGUUCCUAAAACCCCUCGCCAAAACCCUUCAGCAAUCUUGAGCAUCGCAGAGCGUAUAGGCCUGAGGAUUCCACCGCCUAAGGAUAAAGUGAUACACGCCAUGUGGCUACAGUGGGUGAAGAGCGAAGAAGUAAAGCCGUGGGGAGCGCGCCUGCUGUCCCUCGAUCGAUACUGCGACAACCUGGUCACGCUGUACAUACUCGCAUAUCACAAGAAGGAGUCUGUUCUGUGUUUCGCGGUGCUGGUCCGAUUCCAGAACACGAAUUACUGCGUCAAGGGGAAGCUACCCGAGCUGUCGACUGCAGUGCUCGCAUUCCAGCAUCUGCCCGAGGACGACGACCUCUGUCGCUGGCUAGCGGUACUGUUCGCCUUCUUGUGGGGCACUCAGCAAUACCAGAACCACGGGCAACUUGUCAGCGAACUCCCCGAGCUAGAUGAACCCGCUCUAUCGAGACUGCUCUUCGCGAUCGCACACAUCCGCGACCCGUUCACAAAAGGCCACAACACGGCAGUUCUGGACAGAUGGUGCGAGGUGCACCACCACGAGCAGGGCGACAGGGAGGAGGCGCUCUGCAAGAAGAUGCACGCGAGCAUGAAGAUGGACCCCGAGAAGCUGCGGGCCGAGGAAGCUGGCCACAGGUUCCAAGAGGCCAAGGAGAUUGUGGACGAAUACGUCGCCAGGCUUCAGAUGAAGUCGAAGAGCGCUGAUGCGACACCGAGCGCGCCUCUUGGGAAGGGGAAGAGAGCGGCGGAGAGUCCUGCUCGACAUGCGCAUGGCAAGUACAGGAGAGGUGGUGGGAGAGGCGGGCGUGGUCGGGGGUCAUGA